GGCGGUUGAGCCGAGAGAGCCGGCGGCUGGGCUCUCCCCUCGGCCCGCGAUACCCGGCGCCACCGCCACCGCCGUGUCGCCGCUGCUGCCGCCGCCGCCGCUGCAGAGCCUCCCCGCUCCGCCGCGCUCCCGCCUCCCCGCGCCGCCAGCCGCCUGGGAGCCCGAGCGCGGAGCCCCGGGCGGAGGAAAGGGGUGCAGGCUCGAGAGCCCAGCGAGGGAGCCGCGAAGGGGGAAGGGGGCGGGCGGAGGGAGGAUCAGGGAGAGGGGGAGAAGGGGGAGGGAGAGAGGAGAGCGAGGGAGAGCUGGAGAGAGCGAGAGCAAAGAGCGAGCGAGGGAGAGGAGAGAGAGGGAGAGGAGAAAGACACACGCACGCAGAGACACACGGUCACUGGAAUUCCAUUAGAAAAAAGUGAGCCAAGCAAGGGUUAGCGGAAGAUUUUUUUAAAAUCUUGUCUUCGUCUUGGUGCGAAAGAAGCGACUCUGGUCUCUGGUCCUCGAAGCUCCGACUGGAUUGUUCCUGGGCGCUGACACCGUUGGUGGAUUUCUUUCCUAUUUGCAUUUUAUUCCGACCCCCUCCCUCGCUGCUUCCUUCCAGCCCUUCACUCGCAAAUCGCCUCUCACCACCUCCCCAGGCCCCUCCUGGGAAGCGCAAGGGAAUUGGACUCUCGGGGACUCGCGCCUUCCUGGAUGAUUGGAGGGGAGGGCUGACCCCAGGACCGGGGUGUUGGCUUAGAAAGCCCAUACACAGAUACGCAUAUAUUUGAUUGUAGCGGGCAAGGGGGGCGUUGAGAAGCAGCCCACCGCCCUCCUCUCACCCCACCCCCUCCAGCCAGAGACGAGAAUCGCAGGACUCGGGAUCUUCUUCGGGUGGACUAGCUGGGAUCUCCGCAUUGGAUUUGGGGCUGAUUACCACUGCUUGGCUAUUAUUGUCGUUAUUGUUACUAUUACUAUUUUUUUUUACCCAAGGGAGAAAGACAAAAAAACAGUGGGAUUUGUUUAACAUGAUCUUGGCAAACGCCUUCUGCCUCUUCUUCUUUCUAGGGACAGGGGCAGACCCAGUGGUCAGCGCCAAGAGCAACCAUUGCCUGGAUGCUGCCAAGGCCUGCAACCUGAAUGACAACUGCAAGAAGCUGCGCUCCUCCUACAUCUCCAUCUGCAACCGUGAGAUCUCGCCCACCGAGCGCUGCAACCGCCGCAAGUGCCACAAGGCCCUGCGCCAGUUCUUCGACCGGGUGCCCAGCGAGUUCACCUACCGCAUGCUCUUCUGCUCUUGCCAAGACCUGGCAUGUGCCGAGCGCCGCCGGCAAACCAUCCUGCCCAGCUGCUCCUAUGAGGAUAAGGAGAAGCCCAACUGCCUGGACCUGCGUGGGGUGUGCCGGACUGACCACCUGUGCCGGUCCCGGCUGGCCGACUUCCAUGCCAAUUGUCGAGCCUCCUACCACACGGUUACCAGCUGCCCUGCGGACAACUACCAGGCAUGUCUGGGCUCCUACGCUGGCAUGAUUGGGUUUGACAUGACACCGAACUACGUGGACUCCAGCCCCACUGGCAUCGUGGUGUCCCCCUGGUGCAACUGUCGUGGCAGCGGGAACAUGGAGGAGGAGUGUGAGAAGUUCCUCCGGGACUUCACUGAGAACCCGUGUCUCCGGAACGCCAUCCAGGCCUUUGGCAAUGGCACGGAUGUGAAUGUGUCCCCUAAAGGGCCCUCAUUCCAGGCCACUCAGGCUCCUCGGGUGGAGAAGACACCUUCUUUGCCAGAUGACCUCAGUGAUAGCACCGGCCUGGGGACCAGCGUCAUCACCACCUGCACAUCUGUCCAGGAGCAGGGGCUGAAGGCCAACAACUCCAAAGAGUUAAGCAUGUGCUUCACAGAGCUCACGACAAAUAUCAUCCCAGGGAGUAAUAAGGUAAUCAAACCUAACUCAGGCCCCAGCAGAGCCAGACCAUCGGCUGCCUUGACCAUGCUGUCUGUCCUGUUGCUGAAACUGGCCUUGUAGGCCCUGGGAACUGAGUUGGAAGAUUUUCUAAAGCUACGCAGACAAGAACACCUGCCUGAUGAAACGGAAACACAGACAUACACACACCUUGCAAAAAAAAAUUGUUUUUCCCACCUUGUCGCUGAACCUGUCUCCUCCCAGGUUUCUUCUCUGGAGAAGUUUUUCUAAACCAAACAGACAAGCAGGCAGGCAGCCUUAGAGCUGGCACAGGGGUUCCCUGGCUGAGGACACCCUGGUGCUGAAGAGGGCACGACGCUCUAGAUAUGCCCUUCACUUUCUCCUGGUGUUUUUUUCUCUGGACCCUUCUGAAGCAGAGACCCGGACAAGUGCCCUACAGCGGAAGGGACUCAGCCUGAGGCUGGCUGGGGGCAGGACCACACAGCUGCUUCCCCAGGCUGUCUACUCUGGGGACCUACUGGGGGCUGGAAGAGGGCAUUGGUCAAUGGGGCAGCGGGGUCCACCUUCAGCCCCUUGGCUUCAAGGAUGGAGGUGGUUCUGCCCUCCGUCUCUGCCCUUGGGUGCAGCUGGUGGGUCUGCAGCUGGUGUGGGAACUCCCCACAGAUGCCAGUGGAGGGGGUUAGCCCCGUGCUGGGCUCCCCCUGACCGUAGCCUGGAGUGGUGGGGCUGGGGACCAGCUCCAGGAGGACUUCGGAGUUUAGCCUGCCUGGGAGAACCCCUUGUGGGGAGGCAGCAAAACUUGGACACCAGCUUCUUUCUCAGUGGCAAAAAUUCUGAAGUCAGAGAGAAAUGAUCCUUUGGUGGCUUUUUUUGGUUUCUCGUGGGUCCUUUUGGCAGGUCUCCGUUUGGGGAGAAGGAGAGGAGAGACCACAACUGGGCAUGUGUCUGCAGCACCUGGGCCUGGAGCACUCCUGCUCUCUUCUCCCUCCUCCUCUCCACGUUCUCUUUCCUGAUUUCCUAGAUAUACGUCAGCUGUACGUACGCACCGGGGCGCCUCUCCUAACAUAUAUGUAUAUACACAUCCAUAUACAUAUAUCGUGUGGUUUCCCCUUUCUUUCCUUUUUUUAAGCAACCAAACUAUGGAAAUCAUACCCCAACAGAUGAGCGAAAAUGUAUUAUUGUAAAGUUUAUUUUUUUUAAUACUGUUGUCUAUACCGGGGAAAAAGGACAUUGCCCCCCAGCGCCCUGCUUCAGUCAGCCUGGCUGGGCCCUGGCGGGGCUCCUGACCCACAUCCACGCUUAACCAAGGCUCCAAUAAACGUUCUAGGAAGCAA